GUCUCCCUGCAGAGAGAGAGAGACAGACAGACAGCUGAGAACAUCCGCCAGAGGAGCAGACAGACUGCGGGAAGCAGAGUGUUGCCGGGUGCAGGGACAGCUCCAGAACACACGGCGGAAAAUGGGAGUCGAAAUCGAGACUAUUACCCCGGGCGACGGAAGGACUUUCCCCAAAAAAGGACAGACGUGUGUGGUGCAUUAUGUUGGGGCCUUGACAGACGGACGUAAGUUUGACUCAUCUCGGGAUAGGGACAAGCCUUUCAGGUUCAAGAUCGGCAAGCAGGAAGUGAUCCGUGGCUGGGAAGAGGGUGUAGUGCAGAUGAGUGUUGGUCAAAGGGCCAAGCUGACCUGCACACCUGACUACGCUUAUGGAAACAAAGGCCACCCGGGCAUCAUUCCUCCUAAUGCCACCCUCAUCUUUGAUGUUGAGCUGCUGGGUUUGGAAUGAAACAAAUUCACCGCCUGUUUUCUUUGUUCUGUAUGACUUCCUACCUGGGUGACCCGGAGAGUCUGCACUUGAUUCUAUUCUAAGAGGCUUGAGUCUAUAGUUCCACUAAUUAUUUCAUCAAACUAUGACAGUUUGUGUUAUUUUGUCUCUGUGACUGAGUGAAUUAUAUUUUUCCAUCAUAUUCUUCCGCCAUAACCUGACAAACCUCCAUGCUCUUAAUCUUGAAUUCUUUUGAAUUGUGCUUUACUUUUUCUUUGUGUUUUUUUUAAGUGUUGUGCAUGGUUACGCUGAGAAGUACAAUAUACCAAUGAACCACUAGCAGCGACAUUCAUCUCUUAUGAGCCAAUGCGUAUUAUAAUGUUCAAGAGCUGGUGCUUAUUGCAUUACAGAAAGAAAAAAAGGAUACAAAGGAAGAUGAAAAGCACACAUUUGUAUCCCCAUCCAGUGGAAAGUCAGAACAAAUUAAACGAGUUUCUAUUAGAGAGAUGAGGCUUAGUGCUGAAUUUAGUGGCUAGCGAUCGUUAAAUGUCAAGUCAUGGGAGGCUUUAAUGGUGCAACACAGGAACUGAGUUUGCUACAUACAAUGCCCAUUUCUACAUAGUACCACCGUGUUUUCCUUUUUAUUUAAAUUGUUAACUGAAAAGUGAGCUUGAGAGGGGCAAUUGGCGCAAAGGAGAACCAAUCACAGUUGUAGAUAGUUCUAAUGUGUGCCUAAAUACUCUCACCAGACACAUGGUUACCACCUCGCCCUGUCUCUGUGUUCGAGGCCCAAUGGAAACCCAAGUAUGUACAUGUUGAAAGCUUUUCAUUCGAUUUGCGUUCUCAUUGCCUUCUCUACUUGCCAAGUCUUUAAACCCCAUUUAAAGCCUUACACAGGUCGAACAGUGCUAAGACAGGAUUUGCGUUGACGCACAUCAAUUGGAUUGAUAUUUUUUCUUAGAAAGGAACAAUAUAAAAGGGGAAAUACCCCCCCCCCCCAUUAUUUUGUGUAACAUCUUCAAUCAUGUAUUUUUCAGAUGCCAACUUUCUAUUUCUGAGAGUCAACAAAGCUAAUGUAUAAUCGAUGAUGAUAGGUAAUGUUUUAGUUUUCUCCUGUCAGUGUCAGUUAAGUACCGCACUGCAGAAAUGAAUUCUGUGUUAGAAAAAGAGACUGACACACUGGCAUCCUAGUGGUUUUGUAUCUCAAAUAAAUAGUUUUAAAUGGAGUUUAAUUAAGGAAUAUGCUGGCCUGGCUGUCAGAUAUUGACCGUGGCUGUCAAUGUUACAUAUUGGCCGAGCUGCAGCUGGUGCGGCAGCAGUCCAUCUCUGUACUGUGUAGUUAUUUGCUGAUACGUUACUGUAUGCAGACUUAACCAAUGAUGACAUAUUUAAAAUAAAAGAAGUGCUCUCCA